CGCGCGCUCCGAACACGCGAGUCGAGAUAUUCGCGGAGUACGUCGCUCUGAUUUUGAAGACUGUUCUGUCCACCCGAUUGACGGAUUACGCAGGAAAUGCGUAGAAGAGACGCGGCUGCGAAUCGAUCGCGAUCAAUCUCUCGGACAGUCGACUACAAGUCGUGACCUCGCAACCGACAGAACUGACUGUGUUAUCGGGGAUACUGCGUGUGUCAUCGUGAAAGCGAAUUGUCUGAAUGGGGAAAAAAACUUUGCAAAACAAACUGCUUUUUUUCUGUGCAGAAUCUGAUUUUUACAAUCUGUGCGAUAUUUUGUAAGGAAGUUCAAUGUCCGCGACGGACAAAAGAAAACGAUGACAGGAUGUCGAGUCUGGAGGAUAAUUUUGUUCGCUGUUCUUGUAUGGGAGACGACCGCAGAUUCAAACACGAACGUCGAGCAAAUCUCCGCAAAUGAAGCCGGCAAAAAGCCGUUUGAAGCGGACAAAUACUUUUAUUCCUGGACAGGGCCAAAUGCGCUGGCCAGAUCGGCCUUGGUGGAGCGACAGGAAAGGCUGCAAUAUAACUGUGAGCUUGAAAGUAACGAGGUCGACGCGUUAAAUCCAGAAUCAUUUAGGAAUAUUCUCGUUGACGACUCGCAUGAAUUGCUCUACUGCUACGUGCCAAAGGUGGCUUGCACAAAUUGGAAGCGCGUGCUUAUGAUUGCGACCGGAAAAUGGCCCGGUAAUGAUCCUCUAGAAAUACCGGCCGAUCAAGCUCAUUCACCGGGUACUUUUCAACGAUUAAGCAAUUACACGCUACCUGAGAUAGAGAAGAAAUUGGCGACGUACGAUAAAUUGAUUGUCGUGCGACAUCCUUUGGAGAGGCUUUUAUCGGCUUAUCGAAACAAAUUGGAGACCAAACAUGAGAAAAGCGCGAAAUAUUUUCAGAGUCGUUUUGGCAAAAAAAUUGUCAAGAAGUACAGACCAAACGCCAGCGAGAAGUCUUUAAAAAACGGCGAUGACGUAACGUUUCGCGAAUUUGUUGAUUUUGUUACCGAUGAUUCUGAGAAUGGAACUCGGAAUGAGCACUGGAGACCAAUCUACGAGUUAUGCCAACCGUGUCUAGUUAAUUACAAUCUUGUGAGCAAGUACGAGAGUUUGGUCGAGGACGCCACAGAAAUUCUCGAACGGAUAGGCGUCACGUCUGUGAGCUUUCCUCCUAAGCCGCCAAGUUACGAGCCGACGUCGAGGAAACUGGAUAGGUACUAUUCUACGCUGAGUUACAAGCAGCUUCGUAAGCUGGUGGAUCUGUACAAACUAGAUUUAAGGCUGUUUGAUUACUCGUUGGAAGACGUGCUGGGAUUUUCCUUGGCUUAAAUCGCCGGUACGUAUCAACAGAAACAGAUGUACGUGAUAUAAUGGCCAGAUCGUUGAUGCUUGAGAGACUUCUUGCUUGUUUAAAGUCGACAUAAUAAGUAUAAGUGAACAAGACAGUUUGCACGUUAGGAUGAAUAAUUAUUAUCGCAUUUUACGAAUACACGUACACACAGGAAAUUUCAAAUUUGGAUUUCAACGACAAAUUCUGUGAGCGACUUAGUGGAAAUUUUAUUUUGCAGAAGCUUCGUACUACCUCGUUAUUAUACAGCAUCGCAUCAUAAAAUAACUAUUUUUUUUAAUUAAUCAUUUAUGUGAAUAACACGCAAGAUAGAAAUAUUUUAUUGAAAGAUACUUUCAAUAUUAAGCCAUGAUAAAAUAAUUCAGAUAGUAGAAUAGUAAAGUUCUAUAACAAUAAAAAUAUUGACGGAGUAAAAAAGGCAAUAAGAACCAGGUGUCAGUGCGCAAAAAAUAAUGUAUUGUCAAUAAGAAUGCAGGAUUUAUAAAUAAAAAUAAUAAAAAAAUAAUAAUAAUACAAAAAGAAAAGGCAGGAAAUGAAGAUUUCUUGACCUCAGUCUUCCGAAAAUCUAAGCCGUACACAUGGCUUAUGCGGGAACAUAUGGUUUACAUCUCCGACUCCGAGAAAGGUUCGGAAGUCGGACCAAAACGUUUCUUGGUUUUGUUUUUUGUCAAGUCUUGUAUUUUCAUUGAUAAUAAAUUGUUUUUUGUGCAUUGAGAGCCGCGCUUUUCGUUCUGAUUGCAUUUUUUGCUUCGUUUAAUAUUUCAAUUCAGAUAGCGUUAUCAGUAUAAACAAUCAAAAGAUAUAGAAAGCUAAAUAAAAUAAAAUUAAAGAUAAGAUGAAUUGUUUUAUAAAUUAGAAUAUUUAAUU